GGAGCCUGAAAGGGGUCAAAACCUGGAGGCACUGAUCUUAAUUUAGAUCGGCCGACUCCUCUUGACUCAUUUCAUCAAGCCUGCAAAGACCACAGCUUCUCUAAAAUUGUUGACGCAAAGCAAAGCAACCAGGUUUUUUUACUUUGAUUGAUAGGGCUGAGAAGGGAGAGACUGCUAUGGGUAAGUCACAUGCCUCAAGUGCUGGUAAUGGGUUCAAGGAUCCGAAACCCGAUCCGAUAUUUUAUCCACUCAUGUUUACUGGAACCCGGUGUGGAUCUUAUAGAACUUGAAUCUGACCUGCAACAUCGGGUACAAUUGAUCCGAAAACUUAUUGGAUUUAGAUUUGGAUCCGACCUGGUACCAUCCAUUGAUUAAAUAUUAUAUUGUUUAAAAAGAAAUAUCCAACUACAUAAAAAUAAAUGACGCAUUAACAACUCCAGUAUUGCAUAUUCAAGACACAUUUCUUUGAAUAACAACAAAGUCAAACUAGCACACAAAGUAACUCCAACACUAAGAUCUCCACAACAACAUCUACUUUUAUCAUCAUAAGAACAUCUACAAAAUGAAAAUGAGAAGCAAGAAAACAAUUGGGGCUUUUUAGGAACAAGAAAAUAAGAAGCACGGUGUCCUCAUCUUAUAGUGGGGCCGGCUGUGCAUCUUCUCCAAUCAAUAGCCAGGUAGCCGGGUGGGUUGGCAGCAUGAGGUAAGAGAAUACUCUUUGAUCCUUCUCCCAGCUUGUUCGGGCGCGUCAACUAACCAGGGGGAAGCACGGACGAGGUUAUUCUUCUCCGCAGGGGAAGUGCACCGCGGACCCGGCGUAUAUAAAGCGGGCAGGCACAACUGCCCCGGCUUGCUUUGAGCUCCGUCCGCCUUCUCCGCAUUCCCCAAUCGAUCUCGAUUCCUCCCCGCCCGAUCGCUGCUCUCCUCUCCUCCUCUUCUUUUAGUCUUCGAUCCUAGGGUUCGAUCGGUUGAGCUUCGUCUUAGAAUGGUGCAGCAGGCUUCGACGGGAAUGAGGCCGAAGACCAAGAUAGUGUGCACCUUGGGCCCCGCGUCGAGGUCCGUGGAGAUGCUCGAAAGGCUUCUGAAGGCGGGGAUGAACGUGGCCAGGUUCAACUUCUCCCACGGAUCCCACGCCUACCAUCAGGAAACCUUAGACAACCUCCGCGCCGCGAUGGAGAACACCGGGAUCCUCUGUGCCGUCAUGCUCGACACGAAGGGUCCAGAGAUCCGGACUGGAUUUUUGGAAGAUGGCAAGCCUAUCCAACUAAAAAAGGGUCAAGAAAUCACAGUCACCACGGAUUACACAAUAAAGGGCAACGAGAACAUGAUAUCUAUGAGCUACAAGAAGUUGGCUGAGGAUUUGAAGCCAGACAGUGUGAUACUAUGUGCCGAUGGAACUAUCACGCUCACAGUUCUUUCCUGUAAUAAGGAGUCGGGGCUGGUAUGCUGUCGCUGUGAGAAUUCUGCAUUGCUCGGAGAGAGAAAAAAUGUAAAUCUUCCUGGUGUUAUCGUGGACCUUCCUACACUAACUGAGAAGGACAAGGAGGAUAUCCUAAGAUGGGGCGUCCCAAACAAAAUUGAUAUGAUCGCUUUGUCCUUUGUACGCAAGGGUUCUGACCUUGUGGAGGUCAGAAAGGUUCUUGGUGCACAUGCCAAGUCAAUCAUGCUGAUGUCCAAGGUGGAGAAUCAAGAAGGGGUGGCCAACUUUGACGAUAUUCUUGCCAACUCAGAUGCAUUCAUGGUUGCACGGGGAGACUUGGGGAUGGAAAUUCCUAUCCAGAAGAUAUUCUAUGCCCAGAAGGUGAUGAUUUUCAAGUGCAAUAUACAAGGAAAACCCGUUGUGACAGCUGUAAGCAUAAAAAUCUCAACUCAGAUGUUGGAAUCAAUGAUCAAGGCCCCUCGCCCCACUCGAGCGGAAGCAACUGAUGUUGCCAAUGCAGUUCUCGAUGGCACAGACUGUGUGAUGCUCAGCGGUGAAACAGCUGCAGGUGCUUACCCGGAGCUAGCAGUUCAGACAAUGGCUAAAAUUUGCUUGGAGGCAGAAUCAUAUCUGGAUUAUGGAUCUGUUUUUAAGGGAAUGACGGCAGCAGCACCAGUUCCUAUGAGCCCAUUGGAGAGCCUUGCAUCAUCAGCUGUCCGAACUGCUAACUCGGCUAAGGCAUCUCUCAUCUUGGUCCUGACCAGAGGAGGGAGCACAGCGAAACUCGUAGCAAAGUACAGGCCAGCAAUGCCAAUACUAUCAGUAGUGGUUCCUGAGCUGAGGACAGACUCUUUUGACUGGUUCUGCAGUGAUGAGGCUCCUGCGAGGCACAGCCUUAUAUUUAGAGGGUUGAUUCCGGUACUCAGCUCUGCAACUGCAAAGGCUUCAGACACGGAGUCCACAGACGAAGCUAUUGAAUCUGCAAUUGAUCACGCUAAGUCAUUAGGACUCUGCAAGUCUGGAGAAUCAGUCGUGGCACUGCAUCGAAUUGGAGUUGCUUCCAUAAUCAAGAUUUUAACAGUCAACUGAUUAAAUGACGAUAGCUGAAAAAUCUUCAGGGGACAAUUCAAUUUACUUCUUGCCAUGACAAAUUUAUCGACUAGUCGUUAUAAGUUCCUAUUUGAACUUUCCAGGUCUGCUCUUUAACAAUGCCUAGUCACUGAAUCUGUAGGUUAUUUACUUUUGAGGAAUGUGUUUAUUGAAGUUUUGUGUCUUGAUUCUGAACUCACCUCUCUUCAGGAGGGACUUCUUGAAUACUUUGUUGUUUUGGUCUUGUUAUAAGUAUGUUGUUAUUCAUCUUUAUAAUGCA